UACAUCCUAUUCCUAGUCCCGCGUCGCAAGCCUCCUUGUCCUUGGCUUGCUCUCGCCGUUGCCUCUGCUCAGGCUCAGCUCAGCUGGUCCCUUCCUUCCCCACCCAGCUCCUUUGCCCUCGGCGUGGCCUUUGCAUCGCUCAUCCUUGCCUUUCUUCCUCCAUCCGUGGAGAAAGCCAUCGAGAUCCUUGCGGCGGCCGGAGACAUACGUGAACGCGAGGCGUCCUAUAUCGCGCGCGUCUCAUGCCGUGAAUAAGCUCGCGCCUUUUUGUUGCCUCGGCUACCUCUGCACGGCCUCCCGGUUCCUCUGCCCAGUGUUCCAGCAAUCGCCGCAGCAUGUUGCCCGCAGCUCUGUGUUGAUUCGAUCUUCUUCCUCGUCUUUGGGAGCAGUUCAAGGAUGGCGGACCACUUCGCGCUGAUGACUGGCCGGCUGCUCACUGAAUCGACGCUCCUGUCCGCUAUCCAUGAUGACUUCGCCAUCCCUUCCACGAAGGCCAGUCAUGACCAGCCCGAUCCCUCCUCUGUUCCUGAAGAUGUUCAGCUGAGCAUGGGCAAGGCAAAGAGUGGUGUCAUGGUGGAGUGCAGAAUCUGCCAGGAGGAAGGAGACGAGGCCUACAUGGCCACCCCCUGCUCCUGCAAGGGCAGCUUGAAGUACGCUCACCACAUAUGCGUCCAGCGGUGGUGUAAUGAGAAAGGAGACACCAUAUGUGAGAUAUGCUUGCAGCAAUUCACACCAAACUACACUGCUCCUUCCAAGUUGUUUCGGCAUGGAAGGAACCCGAUUAGCUUCAGGGGAGCUGGAGAAAGACAAGAAAAUCGCAGUACUAAUUACGAUCACACCGCGGAUCAAGCUGAUGGUGCAUCAAGCUUUGACACCCAAAGUUCCAACCCGAAAGGCGUCAUAUACUGCCGUGUAGCUGCCAUAGCUUUGAUGGCUCUGUUGGUGCUCCGUGACGCAAUCUCGCUUAUCCUCGGCGGUACUGAAGUGUACUCGAUGGCGCUAAUCACUCUGCUGAUGUUCAGAACGGCUGAGAUUAUCAUACCAGUCUACAUCAUCUUGGUAACAGUUACCGUAUUGCUUCAUCGGUACAAUCAACAACAGAUUAUGCACGAGACACCAGUUUCAGAACCUGGGGGGGCAGGGGGCUUGCAGCCAAUGCCACCUCAACAGCAACAGCAUAUCAUCAACAUCCAGUAGGAAACUGCAGGGUGAUUCGUAGUCAGGGUGUAAAUAUCUGAGAAAUGUUCUAUGAGUCGAAUGAAGUUUGAGCUUCAAGGGAAGUCAAAUGAAGUUUGAGCUUCAGGCUUGUCAUGAUAAGAUAAGGAAGAUAAAACAUCACUGCGAUUGAAUGCACAGAGAUUUGCAGUAGUUUAUUUGUACAUAAGGAAUCCUACAACACAGCCACUCAACUUCGCAAGUCGUGAAGAUGAAGUUGGCUUGGUGCCUUUAAUGUGAAACAAUAUAGGCAAAUUGAGUAAAAUGUAAAGGUUAUGCAUUCAUGGCAACGAAAUAAAGUGUGCUCGUUUUCCAGA